AAUCUUGAGAUCGGAAAAAGAAAAAAGAAAAGGAAAAAAAAAUGCAGAUCUUCGUCAAAACCUUAACCGGAAAAACCAUAACCCUAGAGGUCGAAAGCAGCGACACCAUCGACAAUGUCAAAGCCAAAAUCCAGGACAAAGAGGGAAUACCACCGGAUCAACAGAGGCUGAUAUUUGCUGGGAAACAACUCGAAGAUGGUCGAACACUUGCUGAUUACAAUAUCCAGAAAGAGUCGACACUUCACUUGGUCUUGAGGCUCAGGGGUGGGACUAUGAUUAAGGUGAAGACCCUCACUGGAAAAGAGAUUGAGAUUGAUAUCGAACCUACCGAUACUAUUGAUCGGAUCAAGGAACGUGUUGAGGAGAAAGAAGGCAUCCCUCCUGUUCAACAAAGGCUCAUCUAUGCUGGAAAACAGUUGGCUGAUGACAAAACGGCGAAAGACUAUGCCAUAGAGGGAGGCUCUGUUCUUCAUCUGGUUCUUGCUCUUAGGGGUGGUCUUGGUCUUCUCUGAGAAGUAACUCUUGAAGAUACCUUUUUUUUUAUGUUUUAGUUUUUCGGAAGUAUCAUUUCUGUGGCUUGUUAGAGUUCAUGGGGGAAAAAGUGAAUGCAAUUUGGAUUUGGUGCUUUGAAGACUUAUGCUGUUUUAGUGGGUUUGGAUCAUUUUGCCAAUAAUCUGUUCAAUAUCGAAUCAUACUUAACAUAUUUCUUUGGGUUUAGCUAGUUAUAUAAUGAAUAUAUAUCUCUUCUUCCA